UCAUGUAGAACGCUGGGUUUUAGCCAAGCCAGUCACCCAAGCCCACAGAACCGAUUACCACGAAUCCAGCGAGUGGCUGAGCCGAUAACAAUCCAAAUCCGGAUCAUUGAACCGUCUCCUACACACCUCCUCGCCCAGAGAAGAUCACCAGAGAGCUCCAAGUGGCGGAACAACAAAGCCCAUAAUACAUGAGCCAUGGCCUUCACAGAUGCCACAGAAGACGCUGGCUACUUUAGGACGUCUUCUUUCUUUGGGUAUAAUGAGCUUGGAGUGGAGCAAUCUUCUUUUGACCUUGCAUGGCAAGAUAUACCAGAUGGCCUACUUCCAUGGUAUUGGGUUGCUUCCUCUUCUGGAUCUCUCACCACGAACUCCACGGGCUGUCAAGGCUCACAUCCCUCAACGCCAGACUUCCAACAGCCCAGUAAUACUAAAAUUCCUAACAGCCUCUUGGACAAAACUGGCUUUGGUAGUGUGCAACCAUCAUUCGCAUCAUACACAGUCCAGCAGUCUUCUGAAUUCAUUUAUCCCAUACAAGAGACUCCCACGGCCGAGAACAUUACACCAAACUUUAGCGAAAACCACGACAGUCAAGGAAGUCUAGAUUCCUUGAAAGCGUCAGAUCUAAACCGCGCUCACUCGGCGCUGGAGCCGUACAAGAAGGAAGCACGUGGGAGAAAGCCCAGACAAAGACAGCCGCUUUGCGACACAAAGAGUCCACGAGAAAGGAGAACGCAGUUGAAUAAUGCUAAGAAUAGACAGUAUCUGAACGCUUUGGAACGAAACCGACACGCUGCUGCCAAGUGUCGUGCUCGCAAGCAGGAUCAAGAAAACGCUUUGGCCUCUGAGGUGGAAGUAUUGGAAGGUCGGCAUCAGCAACUCUCUUCUUGCUAUAACGACCUCAUUGAGCAAAUUUAUCACCUCAAGUCAGAGAUUUUGAGACAUAGCGACUGCGACUGCGCUCUCAUUCACCAAUAUAUUAGGAGUGAAGCACACAAAUCAGUGGAUGUCCUGAUGAUAAAUACGUCUUCUUCCAACGACACGGACACCACAAUCCCAUCGAGUGAUGGCAUUGGUGGCAACGAUAAUUCCCAAGGAGGGUUAAUGGAGUUAUAUAGUCUAACACAGGGCUAUACAACCAUGUUCUCGGGCGCAUCAUGGCUUUGACACCAUUAUUGUCCAAAACGCAAGGCAGGGUCUUGUGGUUGGUUGAACAGGGGACGCAGUAUUUUCCUUGAGGAAUCAAAUUAAAGAGUGCAUCUGUCGUCUUUGUCUGGGUAAGAAAAACGAAAAAGAAAAAACACGUAUUUGGAGCGUUGUAUUUCAUGUUACGCAUUUAGGCUUAGUCCUGUUUUCAG